AUGGAUGAGAAACCAAAGGCGCCACUGCCACAUUUAGUCUUCUUUCCCCUGCCUUUCCAAGGCCCUGUGAACUCCAUGUUUAAGCUAGCUGAGCUCUUCUGCCUUGAAGGUUUUGGUGUCACCUUUGUAGUCACCGAAUGCAUCCACCGCCGACUUGUUACUUCCUCCAACAUUCAGUUCCUUCGCCAUAGUUACCCGAGUUUUCAUCUCAUGGCAUUAACCGAUGGUCUCCCCAAUGACCAUCCGCGUAAUGGAGACAGAUUCAUAGAGGUGUUUAACUCCCUGAAGAUCAAUACCAUGCCACUUUUGAAGGACUUGUUGAUUUCUGGAUCAUUUUGGCAGCCGGUGACGUGCAUUGUGGCCGAUGGAUUAAUGGGGUUUGCCUUUGAUGUUGCUAAAGAGACUGGGAUUCCAAUAUUUUAUGUCCGUACCAUUGGUCCUUGUACCCUUUGGACAUUCUUUUGCCUUCCCCACCUCUUGGACUCCGGUGAACUUCCCCCGCUGGAUACUACAAAUAUCAAUGCUGAUGACAUGGACAGGCCUGUAAGAGGAGUUCCUGGAACGGAAAGUUUUCUCCGGCGGCGUGAUCUGCCGAGAUUUAGUACUCUAGGAGAUACAGCUUACGAAUCCUUGCAGCUGCUUAUGAAAGAGGGAGAAGAAGUUCCGAAAGCCCAUGGCCUAAUACUUAACACCUUCGAAGAACUUGAUGGACCAUUACUGUCACUCUUGCGUGCAACCUGUCCGAAUACUUACGCAAUCGGGCCACUCCACGCACAUGUUAAGAACAAAAGAUCCAAGCAAACUGUGACAGAAUCAAAGUGUUCCAGUUCCAGCAACUUAUGGCCCGAAGACAGAAGCUGCCUGGGGUGGCUAGACCAGCAAGCGUCGAAAUCAGUGAUGUAUGUGAGCUUUGGAAGCAUUGCAAUCUUCUCCAGAGAGAAGCUCAUGGAAUUAUGGUACGGGUUGGUGAAUAGUGGUGUUCAAUUCUUGUGGGUGAUUAGGCCGGACUCCAUUAUCGGUGAGAACUGGGAGAAACAUAUUCCGGCGGAAUUAUUAGAGGGUACAAAACAGAGGGGCUUCAUUGUGGGGUGGGCGCCUCAGGAGGAGGUAAUAGGUCAUCCUGCGGUUGGAGGAUUCUUGACCCACAGCGGAUGGAACUCCACCUUGGAGAGUAUCUAUGCAGGGGUUCCCAUGUUGUGUUGGCCUUAUUUUCUGGAUCAGCAAUUAAACAGUAGGUUUGUGAGCGAGGCAUGGAAAGUAGGGUUGGAUAUGAAGGAUACUUGUGAUAGAUCCAUUGUUGAGGAAAUGGUGAGGGAUUUGAUGGAUGUGAGAAAGGAGGAAUUCUCUCGAAGGGCAGAAGAGUUAUCAGAAUUGGCGAGGAACUGUCUGAUUGAAGGAGGUUCAUCUUCCUCCAAUUUUCAGCGUUUGAUUAUGGAUAUUCGUCAAGGUGGCAGUCAUAGUUCUUGA